CUCCCCUCCUGCUCCUCCUGCGGUCCCUACUCCCAGGAGGUGGGCAGGAAGGAAGGCUGGUUCGAGGGGGGAUUGGCUCCGGCUCCACUCCAUCGCGUGCCAUUCCUCUUGGUUGUGGUUACUUUGGCCGUUUCUUGAGGUCAACCUUGGAAGGCCAAUUGCUGUUGUUCCAAGCAUCUUCAUUGGAUUUGACCUCUUCGUCUUGUGGCGUGCUGCCAUUGAUUGAGCUCGAAGAUGAUGAAAUGGGGGCUCGGUAGUGGCACGCCCGCGGAUUCCUACUACGAGGUCCGGUCGGAUUGCACGGACGAUGUGCCCAAGAGCAAGUUCAAGAUCAAGGCCGGAAAAACAUUAAGUGCUCGGAAAUGGCAUGCUGCAUUUAGCCCCGAUGGCUGUCUGGAUAUUGCCUCAGUCCUAAGACGGAUACAAACAGGAGGUGUGCAUCCAACAGUCAGGGGGGAGGUUUGGGAAUUCUUACUUGGCUGUUUCGAUCCCAGAAGUACCUUCGAUGAGAGGGAAGAGAUCAGGCAAAUACGCAGGUUACAGUAUGCUAGAUGGAAGGAAGACUGUCGAGAGAUGGAUUCUCAUGUUGGUAGCGGCAAAAUUAUCACAGCACCACUUAUCACUGAGGAUGGCAGACCUAUUAAGGAUCCUCUGGUUUUACUUGAGGCUACUGCCGACAGGAACAAUUCAGAAGGUGCUCCAGCUACCAGCAGAAAUAAUGGAAUUGAAAUAGAUGAAACUGCAGAACGCAUUACAGAUAAGCAAAUUAUCGAGUGGAAGUUGACAUUACAUCAAAUUGGGCUUGAUGUGUUACGCACUGAUCGCACCAUGGUAUUCUAUGAGAACAAAGAGAACCUUUCCAAAUUAUGGGAUAUUCUAGCUGUGUACGCAUGGAUUGACAAGGAUGUCGGUUACUGUCAAGGAAUGAGUGAUUUAUGCUCACCAAUGAUAGUGCUACUCAAUGAUGAAGCAGAUGCAUUUUGGUGCUUUGAGAAAUUGAUGCGUAGAUUGCGAGGAAAUUUCAAAUGCACAGAUCAAUCUGUGGGAGUAGCCAACCAACUUCAACACCUUGCGUCUAUUAUUCAGGUUCUUGACCCGAAGCUACAUGACCAUCUAGAAACUCUCGGUGGAGGUGACUACCUUUUUGCAUUCCGUAUGUUCAUGGUGCUAUUUCGGCGUGAAGUAUCAUUUGGAGACUCCUUAUACCUGUGGGAGAUGAUGUGGGCUCUGGAAUACGACCCUGACAUAUUCUUCGCAGCGUGUGAAGAACAAGGUGCAGUACACAAAAAUAAAGUUUCUAAAUCCAAACUGAGAGGGCUGCGCCAUUUUGGCAAGUGGGAUAAGGAUAAGGAUAAGGAAAAUACAAAGAAUGGAUCCGAGGAUGGUGAAGAUGGUCCGGUACCAAUUUCAGUUUUCAUGGUUGCAAGUGUUCUUAAAGAAAAGAGGGAAAAGCUGUUACAAGAAGCUAGAGGACUGGAUGAUCUUAUCAGGAUAUUGAAUGAUGUAAAUGGGAACUUAGAUGCUAAGAAGGCUUGCGCCGGAGCAUUGAAACUUCACAAGAAAUACCUGAAAAAGGUACAAGCAAAGAAACCUUGAAGGCGCCAUGGAACAUACCUCCCCAAUGGGUUAUUCUUACCAUUUGAAAAUACACGACCAUUUUUCACACACAAUUUUGAGUGAAGGUUCAUAGGACACAGGUGAUAAUCAUCUGAACAUGUCCUCGUAUACACCGGCUCUGAUGUUACCGGGCUAGUGGGUUGAGUACAGGAUGAGUGCAACCGGCUGUAUGUAUGUAACGUUCUUUGUACUCCAGAAUUUUGUUGGCUGUACAGACAGAAGGUAUCAUGCCUUGCCUACACAAUUAUUUCAAUACAAGUUGAAAUGAGC